CGGCGGGUGAGUGACCGGUCGAAGAACGCGGCCUAAAGUUGUUUUUUUAUAAAAUUUAUUAUCAAAAUAAUUUUCAAAAAUGAAAGGCGACAAGAACGUAGACAUCCAGGCCCUAAAAGAUAUCGCUAACAAGCUGAGAAUCGACAGCAUUGUUGCUACAAAUGCGUCAAAGUCCGGUCACCCAACAUCAUGUGCAUCAAUGGCGGAGAUCAUGUCGGUGCUGUUCUUCCACACCAUGAAGUACAAGGUGUCCGCGCCCAGGGACGCUUCGGCAGACAGAUUUAUCUUGUCCAAGGGUCACGCAGCUCCUAUCCUAUACGCGGCGUGGGCUGAAGCCGGUCUAUUCCCCGUGGAAGACCUGAAGAACUUGCGCAAGCUGGACUCCGACCUCGAGGGUCACCCCACUCCUAGACUGGGCUUCGUGGACGUUGGCACUGGCUCGCUCGGCCAGGGGUUGGCGGUCGCGGCAGGCAUGGCCUAUGUUGGCAAAUACUUCGACCAAGCUCCUUACAGAGUAUACUGCGUGGUUGGGGACGGCGAAGCAGCCGAAGGCAGCGUAUGGGAGUCCCUUCACUUCGCCAGUCACUACAAACUAGACAACCUAGUAGUAAUCUUCGACGUCAAUCGCCUUGGACAGUCUGAGCCUACUUCCCUUCAGCAUCAGAUGGAAGUGUACGAUGCCCGCCUCAAAUCAUUCGGUCUCCACUCCAUAGUGGUUGACGGACAUGACGUCUCGGAGUUAGUGAAGGCAUUCGAUGAAGCCGCCAACACUAGUGGAAAACCUACAGCCGUCAUCGCCAAAACCUUCAAAGGCAAAGGGUUCCCGGGCAUCGAGGACUUGGAGAACUGGCACGGAAAAGCCUUGGGCGCUGAGGGCGAGAAGAUUGUCAAGCACCUCCAGACCCAGAUCAAGAACAACAAGAUAUCUCUGAAAGCGUCUCCUCCAUUAGCUGAGGCGCCAAAAGUGCACAUUGGGGAUAUCACUCUCUCUUCCCCGCCUUCUUACAAAUCCGGGGAACAGGUCGCCACUCGUUUGGCUUACGGCACCGCUCUGAAGAAGAUCGCUGACACGAAUAUGCGGGUGAUUGCUCUUGACGGUGACACCAAAAACUCCACGUUCAGUGACAAACUCCGUAACGCGUACCCUGACAGGUACAUUGAGUGUUUCAUCGCGGAGCAGAACCUAGUUGGCGUGGCUACUGGAGCCGCGUGUCGCGAUAGAGCCGUAGUAUUCGCUUCUACGUUCGCUGCCUUCUUCACACGCACUUUUGACCAGAUCCGUAUGGGUGCCAUAAGUCAGUCGAACAUCAACCUGGCCGGUUCCCACUGCGGUGUCAGUAUCGGCGAGGAUGGUCCCUCGCAGAUGGGACUAGAAGACAUCGCUUUAUUCCGGGCCGUGCCUACUGCUACCGUCUUCUAUCCAUCUGACGCAGUAUCGACCGAACGCGCCGUAGAAUUGGCCGCCAAUACGAAGGGAAUCUGCUACAUCCGCACCUCCCGCCCCAAUACUUCAAUGUUGUACCCCAACGAUGAGACUUUCAAGGUUGGUCAAGCUAAAGUGGUCCGUCAGUCUGCUAAAGAUAAGGUGCUUUUGAUCGGCGCCGGAAUCACUUUACACGAAGCAGUCGCUGCAGCGGACAAACUGAAGGAAGAAGGCGUUGAAGCCCGAAUUCUCGACCCAUUCACCAUCAAGCCGUUGGACGAAGCGGCGGUAUUGCAGCACGCGCGCGCCGUGGGAGGAAGAGUCGUUGUCGUAGAGGACCAUUACCAAGCCGGAGGUAUCGGUGAAGCAGUUAUGUCAGCUGUGGCCCUAGAACGUGACGUGAUCGUUAAUCACGUUUACGUAAAAGAGGUUCCUCGCUCGGGCCCGCCAGCGGCUUUGCUCGACAAAUACGGCAUCUCCGCACCGCAUAUCGUCGCCGCAGCCAAAGCCAUCCUUAAAGCCUAGACUGUAAGGUCCAAAGUGAGUUGUUACUGUUCUUUACUUCUGAAAUAUUAUUUAGUUGUAUCUGUGAUUUUGAAAGAAUCUUUGCCGCUUAAAAUAUUGUGAUUUGUAGAAAAGAAUCUUUGCCGUUUAAUAUGUUGUAGUCUUUAGAAAGGGAAGGUGGAUAAACUAUUUUUUUAGUACUUUCUUAGUGUUAAAGUUGACAAUGUAAAGAGAAAUGAAAUUUAGACACAAAGAGUGGACUUUAGGAUAACUGCCUAAGUUCAUUGCUAUUACUUAUGACGUCACCUAUUAUUUCGACACUGUAGAAACAGAGUUAAAAACAAAAGUCGAACCUGUUGCUAAUUACCAUAAAUUUGCAUAAAAAGACAAGUAAAUGUUACUUUAUGUAGUAGGCAGUACAUUCUAAAACAAAUUGCUUUUGUAGAAAGCUACGAAAUAACGCAAAGACGUCGAAAACCAUAUCAAUAACAAAUAAGGCGUUACAAACUAAUGUCGAAUUAUUGAGGUACAUAUAUCUCCACACACAUAUAUAUAUAUAUAUAUAUAUUUGAGGUAUAUAUGUCUCCACUGAUUAGUCUGAAAAAAAUGUGAUAAUUAGUAUAUCGUUGCAUCAUAUCGGCUCAAUAGAUCUUAUGGACUUAUUGUCAUAUGGAACAGUAACAAUUCAUCAAGUGUGUAAUUCCUGGUAUUUCCAUGAUACAACAUUCCCCGAUAUUUGCAUUCCUUGAAAAGUGAAUUCCCGUUCUAUUUCAAUAUAUUUAACAGAAUUUAAUCAAAAUCUGUUAUUUGUAAAUGUACAUAUAAUCAACUUUUUAUAUAAAAGAUUUUAUGCUUCC